CCUAAACCCAAGCAGGAAUGUAUUCUAGAUAUCUAGCAUUCAAAAUCAAUUCCUUAGCUGCAUAGCUUCUGGUUCUUGCAUAUAUGAAGAUAGAUACUAGAAUAUAUGAGGAUGUUUGUUGGACAAAAUGGGUUCUAGGAAGCAGUCAAAGGACAAGCAUCUGAAUCCACAUGAGUGUCCAUCAGAAAAAGAGGCAAAAUCAUCUGGGAAAAGGAAGCGAGACUAUGGAGAACUGGAUAAUGAGCUACAAGCAAAGAAACUACUUGUGAGGAAAAAAACCAAACAACUGCAAAAAAUGGGACGAGCUUGCUUUGGCUCCAUGCUUCGAGACACAAGAGUGGUCUUCCAUCCAUGGGAAAUGCAAAAGAAUAUUGUCCACUAUGUUUAUCAAAAUAUGGUGGGUGGCUCUAUUGGAGCACAGCUUAAGAAGUGUCUCCAGGUGCCCUUCGUACGUUCUCUCUACUUGUACCGUCUGUUCCGAACAGCAAGUCCCUUUGAUAGAAGAAUUACAGCUUUGGAAUGGCAUCCAAUGCACCCCAGCACAGUUGCUGUGGGCUCCAAAGGAGGAGACAUCAUCCUGUGGAAUUACGAAGUGCUCAAUAAAACAUGUUUCAUUAAAGGGAUGGGAGCUGGAGGGGCCAUCACAGGAAUGAAGUUUAAUCCUUUUAAUCCAAGUGAGCUGUACACAUCAUCAAUUGCUGGAACUACUGCCUUGCAAGAUUUUAAUGGCAAUACAAUCCAGGUCAUCACCAGUACCAAUGACUGGGAUUUCUGGUUUUGCAGCGUUGAUGUAUCUGCAACCCGUCGGACUGUAGCGACAGGAGAUAAUGUAGGGAAUGUGUUUCUGUUUAGUACUGGAGGUGAACAGAUAUGGAAUUUGAAGCUGCACAAAAAGAAAGUGACUCAUGUAGAGUUUAAUACUCACUGUGAUUGGCUCCUGGCUACGGCCUCUGUAGAUCAGACAGUGAAAAUCUGGGAUCUGAGAAAUAUUAAGGAUAAGUCAAGUUGUCUUCAUGUACUUCAGCAUGAUAAAGCUGUCAAUUCAGCUUAUUUCAGCCCAACAGAUGGUGCUAAGUUACUAACUACAGACCAGCACAAUGAAAUCCGGAUUUAUUCUUCUUCUGAUUGGUCCAAACUACAGCAUUCAAUUUCACAUCCUCAUCGGCAGUUCCAGCAUCUCACACCUAUCAAGGCAACAUGGCAUCCUCGUUACGAUCUCAUUGUGGUUGGUCGUUACCCAGACCCUAAAUUCCCAGGAUACACAGCAGAUGAGCUGAGAACUGUUGACAUAUUUGAUGGAAACAGUGGAGAGAUGGUGUGCCAACUGCAUGAUCCAAAUGCAUCAGGCAUUAUCUCCCUCAAUAAGUUUAACCCUAUGGGAGACACCUUGGCUUCAGGAAUGGGCUUUAAUAUUCUGAUAUGGAAUCGAGAAGCAAUGGUAACUAAGAAGCAGGAGGAUCUCAUGCAAGCAGUGAAAGAGCAGGGAAUUGGGCUCAAGAACUUAUCCCAGCAAAGAGGACAGAGGCAGAGGCAAUCAAACACAGGAACAAACAAAUUCAAAGCUAAACUGCUCAAUCUUGAAUUAGAGGACACUAAAACAAAGGGUAAAAAACACACAGUGUAAGAGGAGAAAGGACCUGGAGGACUCAUUGAGUCAACUUUGUGUCAUUAGUGUUCGCUUUGAGCAAAGUCGAUGCUGCUGGCAUAGUGUGUAACAUUGGCUUCAGAAGAAGGAAGCCCUUUACAGUAGACCAUCUUCUUUGAUGUUGUAGAAAUGAGGCAUUCAUUAUUAUGGGCAAGGAAUAGGUCAUAUGUAUACGCAUGUACUUAACUGAGCUGAAAAGAACAUCCGGUUGUGUGCACCUACUGGUUUUUAAUUGUCUAAGACAAAGUACAAUGCACAACGAUAUGCCGACAAUUCAGAUUACAGUAUAUUUUCAGAACUGGCUCUUUUCCCUUUAUAAUGUAUUGAGAACAACCUAUGUUUGCCUAUCAUUCAAAAUAAGCAUUUUUGUUUUAAGGAGGAACAUACUUUCCCACAAUUUCUAUUUUCAGGCAGCUCUUUAAUGCACAGGUAUUUGUAAAACUGCCUAGAGCUUAGAUAAAGAUAUAUAGAUGUACAAAAAAGAAGCUGCUUGAGGCCAAGGCAACUGGCUAUAGCUACUUUACAUUGCAGCAAUUGUUAUUGUGAUUUACUUACUGUGUUCUUUUGUUCAAAAUAAUAAUAUGUUUAGUAAAGUUUUAUAUGUAGCAAUUAUUUUGUUAUACCAGAGAAGCUAACAUGCUUCUUGAAAAGGCAAAACAGGUAGGACAUAAGCCUGCUCAAAGAAUAGAUCUGAGGA